GAUGCUGGAGGCAGAUAGGUAGAGAGGAAUCCUCCAGAGAGAUCCAGGCAUCAUGUCCUCCUCCACACCGGUGUUGCUGCAUCUGCUGCUACUGGUCUCCCUGGCUUCAGCGGGACACUUCUAUGGAGGCUCCAUGUCUGUCACCCCCAAAGGGAGGAAUGCUGACGGAACAUUCAAGGUGGAUUUACGCUACAAGAAUACCCAUGAUUGGUGUGAUUACUCUCGCUGGUAUUGUUCCUCGGGGAACUGCGGAUCGUCUAUCAAAGAUGUCAGAGGCACAAUUGACAGCAGCAGCAGAGGACGGAGUGGUUACAACAACCAGUGGUGUGAAACUGAAACUGUCGAGACCAGAAAUAUCCCCAGUGAUAAACCUUUUCAAUUGAUACAAAACAGCUGCUGUUGGAUCCCAACAGUAAACAAUCUUGGAUAUUGGAGCCUGGAAACACAAGUGGAUCUGGGAACAAGAUCUGAUACUGGUGAACCCAACAGAUCUCCAGUCACAGCCAUUCUUCCUUUCAUACGUGUUCCCCAGAACUGUCAGAGGUCCUACAACCUCAUGGCCUUUGACCCUGACGGUGAUCGUGUCAGAUGCAGAUACGGAUUGGUCAGACCUGAGUGCGAUAGGUGUGAUCAGCCUUCAGGUUUCUACCUGGAUCAGGGCUCUUGCUCCUUACAAUACGGCUACACUUCAACGAGUGGCGUCUAUGGGUUUGAGCUAGUUGUAGAGGACUUUCCUAACCAACACAUCACCCUGUCCUACACCGAUGGCUCUAGUUCCUCCAGGGCACCGCUUCAUGCAGGGAGACGCCGACGCGCCAGCUACCAAACAACCGUCUCCUAUCCCUGGAGCCAAACCACCACCACUCCUUCUCCUUGGUGGUGGUGGAGCCAAACCACCACUGUCGCCCCCUGGCCCACUACCACCACCACCACCCCGCCCACUACCACCGCCCCCUGGCCCACUACAACCACCCCCUGGCCCACUACCACCACCACCCCGCCCACUACCACCACCCCCUGGCCCACUACAACCACCCCCUUGCCCACUACAACCACCCCCUUGCCCACUACAACCACCCCCUGGCCCACUACCACCACCACCAGGCCCACUACCACCACCACCACCACUACCACCACCACCAGGCCCACUACCACCACCACCUGGCCCACUACCACCACCACCUGGACCACCACCACCCCAGGAAGCCUGUAUCCCUCCACUGCUCCCCUCAGCAAACUCCCUCUGCAUUUCUCUCUUCUGGUGGACUCUAGUGUUCCGUCCUGCGAUGAGGGUAUGUACCUGCCCAGGUUCGUGCAGCCGACACCACACAACGGAGAACAUCUCCACGCCGAGGUCAACAAAGAGCUGGAGUUCAGGGUCAAGGCCGAGGCUACACACUCAACGAUUAAUGAUGUCAUCGUCAGUGGACCUAUGAACAUCACCAAUGUCAUGACUACCCAGGGGGAGUUUGUCAUCCGGUGGACACCCAUCCGGGACAAUCUGGGGGAGUAUUUCCCCAUUUGCUUCAUCACUGAGGGGAUUUCUGGAUCAAGUGUCUAUCAGUCUGAGAUGAGAUGUGUUGUGGUGGAGGUCGGACGCAGAAAGGUCAAAGCCAAGGUGGUGUGUGACGAGACCAAGAUGACGGUCGAAGUGGAGAAGUCCUCUGUUACUGAAAUUCACGAGGACCACCUCCGCCUCAACGAUCCCAGUAACUCUGCCUGCGACCUGCAACGCCUCUCUAACAGCACCCACAUCAUUGGAGUCAUCCCCCUCAAUGCCUGUGGCACUCAGAUAGAGGAGGACGACGACAACCUCAUCUUCAAGAACCAAAUCACCACCUUCGACAACCCCAACGACAUCAUCACCAGGCACCACCAGGUGGAGUUCCAGUUCUACUGCCAGUACGCCAAACGUGGCAACGUGUCCCUGGGCUUCACUGCACACAGGGACAGCAUCACGGUGGUGGAGAAAGGCUUCGGCACGUUCACCUACCAGUUUGAGUUCUACCAGACCAGCCAGUUCGCCAACAUGGUGGAUCCCCGUGACUACCCGUUAGACGUGGAGGUGAAGCAGAUGAUCUACAUGGACAUCGAGGCGGUCUCCACUGUGAACAGCACUGAGCUCUUCGUGGAGUCCUGCAGAGCGGCGCCGUACGACAACCCCGACUACCAUCCCACCUACCCCAUCAUAGAAAACGGGUGCAUUGUGGACGAGACGGUUCAAAUCUUCUCACCGCGUCACCAGAGGCAUUUCCAGUUCGGAAUGGAAGCUUUCAAAUUCAUCGGAAUGCAUGACCAGGUGUACAUCAGCUGUUCAGUGAUCCUGUGUGAGGCUGGGAACCCCAACACCCGGUGUGCCCAGGGCUGCGUCAACUCCACCUCCCCCCAACCUGCUGGUCACCACCACCACCGCAAGAGAGAGGCCGCCAUGCAAACUGCCAAACACCACAUCUCCCAGGGUCCUUUGCGCCUGAGAAAGAGUUCAGAGAGCUCAGUGACCAACGUGAACAUGGGGUUGAUGGUUGGGUGUAUCAUAGCAGCCGUUGCCAUGCUGUGCGGAGUGAUGCUCUACAAGUCCAAAACAUCAGGCGUUAAAUACCAGCCCCUGACAACAUUUGAGACUUAGUCCCAUGGCAGCCAUCCUUUCACAUGUCGCAUUUCGCAUUAUAGAAAGAAGGAUGGUGGGAAAUAUUGAACAUUUGAAAAGUGGUCUCUGACUUUAACAAUGAAAUGUCUCUUGAGAUCAAUACAAGAAUAUGCAUUAAUCCGUAAACGUACUUAGCGGUGACUCUGAUUAUAACAAUGUGUCUUGGCUGACCAGGUAAAAAGUUCUGAAUAGGCACUCGAGCACCAGUAGGAUUGCAGGUAUCAUAUAUCACAGGAAGCUGCUGAGGGGAGCACAGCUUAUAAUGUCUGGAAUGGAGAGAAUUGAGUGAAUGGUAUUUGAUUCCACUCUACUCGUUUCACUCCAGCCAUUACCAUGGUCCCGUGAUCCCCAAUUAAGGUGCCACCAACCUCCUGUGAUGUAUAUAUAUAUAUUUACUGUAGCCUGUUCCUAUACACAUUUGACCCAUAUAGUGCCCUCUAGUGUACAAAUGAAAUGUUAUAUACAAAGACAGAACAGCUAUAAUCCACACAACAACCGUAGAGGUUUGGCCCAAAUGUCUCCUACAACUUGUUUGACCAGUUUAACUCCUGCUUCUUCCUACUGUCUGUAUUGUGAUGUGGGGAAAGUCAUGUCAUACUGGGAUGUACUCUGAAAUAUUUGACCCUGGUCACAUUCUGGAAAGCUUUCUAUAUAGGCCAGGGUCUGUUGAACCAGGGAUCACUUACAUUUAUUUGUUGUGAUUGUGUUACAUCAAAAUGGAACCCUGGUUAAAAUAAAUGUUUAGUCUAUAUGAUGUACUGAAUUACUGUAAAAUUGUCCUUUCAAAUAAAUGAAUGUAUUUGUAUUCAUUUUAGCCAUUAUGUCUUAUGUCUUAUUAUGAAACAUUAAAAUACAAUGUAAAUAGCA